CCAAGAGCAACACUAAUGGAACUACAUGAUUUUCUGACAGAGUGUAAAAAAGCGAUUGCGUCAGACCUGCUCUUCCUGGCUAUAAAAGCGGCUGCGACCGCAGCAGAGACAGCAGUGUCUCAGUCUGCUAGCUGUGAGAGGAAGAAAGAGACAGAGCUGCUUGUUCUUGAAGCCAUGAGUGGCAUCGGGUUUGAUCCUUACUACACCUCCUCAUACAAACGCUGGUAUGUGGAGAGUGCACCUCCACGUGUGGCGACACGGACCCGCUCCCGCACCGUGUACUCCAGCCACUCAUCUCCUCUAUCCUCGGCUCGGUUGCAGUACAGCUCCCCUGGGCGCAUAUCCUCCUCAUCUUUGCUGCUGAGCGGUGCUGCCCAACCUAUGGAGCUGGACCUGAGCCAGGCAUCGCAGGUCAGCUCUGAGCUCAGAGCGGUACGCACUCAGGAAAAAGCCCAGCUGCAGGACCUCAAUGAUCGCUUUGCUGGCUUCAUUGAACGUGUCCAUGAGCUUGAGCAGCAGAACCGAGCCCUCGAGGCUGAGCUGCUUCUGCUGAGGCAGAGGCACAGUGAGCCAUCCUGCCUGCGUGCCCUCUAUGAUCAGGAAGCCCGUGCUCUGCGAGCUGCAUUUGAUGAGGCUGAACUGGAGAAGCAGGCUGCGAUGAGCCGAAGGGAGCACCUGGAAGAAACUCUGCGGGCCCUGCAAAGGCAGUACGAUGAGGAAGCGAUGGAACGAGAGAACUCUGAGGCCAGGCUCAUGGAUGCACGCAAAGAGGCGGAUGAUCGAGCUCUUACCCAGAUGGAACUGGAGAAGAGGGUGGGUGUCCUUCUGGAUGAGCUGACCUUCCUCAAGAAGCUCCAUGAGGGAGAGAUCUCAGAGCUGCAAGCGCAGCUUCAGUAUGGUGCACAGAUAGCCAUUGAAACCGAGACAGCCAAACCAGACCUGUCGAGUGCCCUGCGUGACAUCCGGGCACAGUACGAGAGGCUGGCAGCACGCAAUAUGCAGGCUGCUGAAGACUGGUUCCGUGGGAAAGUGGGCCAUCUGACUGAGACUGUGGCCCACCACACCAGCGCAGUGAGGACAUCCAAGGAUGAAGCAGGCGAGUUCCGGAGACAGCUGCAGGCACGCAUCCUUGAAAUAGAUGCCUGCAAGAGUCUUAAUGAAUCAUUGGAAAAACAACUGAGAGAGGUGGAGGACAAGCAGAGCGCAGAAAUCACAGCCAUGCAGGACACAAUCAAUGAGCUUGACAAUGAAUUAAGAGCCACUAAAGGUGAAAUGGCUCGGUACCUUAAAGAGUACCAAGAUCUCCUGAAUGUCAAAAUGGCUCUUGAUAUUGAAAUAGCUGCAUACAGAAAGCUCUUGGAGGGUGAGGAAUCCCGCCUCAGUGCUGGCAUGGCAGGAGGUUUCACCAGUUCCUACUCGAUGGCUUCUUCAUAUUCACGCCCCAUCUUUUCUGUCCAGUCCAGUAUGACCUCUGCUGCCCCCUAUCUGCUCAGCUCUCGCAUGAUGAGCUCCACCCUCUCUGCAGAACCAUCUAAGGAGGAAGAAGAAGAGGAGGAGGAAGCAGAAGAAGAGGAAGAGGAACAGAAGGAGGAGGAAGAGGAAGAGGAGGAGAAGAAAGAGGAUGAAGAGAAAGAUGAGACAGAGGAGAAACAAGAAGAGGAAGAAGAGGAAGCUGCAAAAGAGGAAGAAAAGGAAGGCGAUGAAGAGGAAGUUAAAGAGGGUGAGGAGCAGGAUGGAGAAGCAGAAACUGCAAAGGUGGAGGAGGAUGAAGGUGAUGAGAAAGAAGGAGAGGAAAAAGAGGCAGAAAAAGAUGAGGAUAAAGAGGAUGAUAAGGCAGAGGCUGAGACAGACUCAGGAAAAGAUCAGGAGGAUAGCAAGGCAGCUGAACCAGUUAAGAAGGAUGCUGAGCCCAAACCUGAACCAGCUAAAGAAAAGGCCAAAGAGGAGCCAGAGAAAGCCAAACCUAAAGAAGCAGAAAAACCAAAAGCAAAAGACGAAGGUGAUGCAGCUAAAGCAGAGGGAAAGAAAGAGGAGGAAAAGCAAAAAGAGAAGGAAGAAGAGCCCAAAGCAAAGAAGUAAAAUAUCUCAGGCAGUACAAAAAACUGCACGCAUUUACCCUCAGUUCUCUGACAAUGGCACCAAAUUGCAAUACAAUGAUAACUUGCCUAUAGAUUCUGCUGUAACUGCUCUGAAAGCAAAUAACUGCACUAUAUUUAUGAAUGAAAGAGUACAAAUGUGAAAAAAGUGAUGUAUUGCUGCAAUAAAAUCUAUGCCGCUAAUAUUA